CGUUGGGUAGGUGCGAAGAGGCACCGGGCGAAGAGGCACCGGGCGAAGAGGCACCGGGCUCGUCUUCUACCGCGGCUCCUUCACAUAUUCCGUCGGUGCCUGAUCUUGCUCAGAGCGUCCAGUAUUCGUAUCGAGAUCCCACCCUCCAGGGCCUCGCGAAUGAUCCCCCGCACUUCUCGAGCAACGAUUUGCCCCCGCCUAAUUUGUCAAUAUCUGCCCAGGAUCAUUACACCACCAUUGCGACCUCAACGCAACAGAGACGACCACUCACACGGACGCCCAGCCCUGUUUACUCCCCUUUCGCGGCUGCGCUAAGGCCCCUGCCGCCCGAUUCCCCUUCGUCGCAGGCGUUCUCGAGCCCAGCCCUCUCCAGCGCCUAUUACCCGCCCUCGCCAGAAUGGUCGAGCGCUUAUCUCAGCGACGGAGAAGUGCCACUUUGGUCGACGGAUUACCUCUCCCAGAGCGCUGAGGCUAGAUCCAACGGCAAGUACCCAUGCGAGGACUCCAUCAGAUCGUACAGCAUGUCACCCAGGUAUACGCAUGCACACGGCAAGCGGGCCGGGGGGGAGGAAGGGGUAGAGGAAGGGCAAAAGAAGACGAAGAAAAGGCCAUCAACAAGGCGCAACUGCUACCCAUGCCCGAUCUGCCGCAAGGAAUCUUCCCGUUCCAGUGGCCUUGCAACGCAUAUGAACAUACAUACGGGGGCCAGACCCUUCGAAUGCCCGAUGCCCACCUGCGAUAAGCGUUUCGCAGUUCGUUCCAAUGCGACGAGGCAUCUUCGCACGCAUGGCAUCUUGACGAGUGCGCGCAACCGAGGCUUCGCCGUCAGCUUUGACAAGCCUAUCGUCUCUAACAACGCAAUCCCGACCAUGCCCAGACCCGCCAGCUACACGUUUGUCCCAGCUGGCGUGCCUAUCCCAGGCAGUGACUGGCGCCCAAGUCAAGAUCACCCUCCGCAGGGCAUGAACCCUAGUACAUAGUUCGUCGAGCUUUGGGCUCAGUCGUAAUGGAACCAGGGACACACCCGAGGGAUAGGGCCGACCGUGGAACGCGCCCUGCACAUCUCGCCGUUCUCGGUCAUGCUAAGAUUAGAGUUUUCCUUGGCUUUCCGCUGUUAGAUCCCGCUGACCAGUUCUCUAGCAGUGACGAUGCUUUGAAAUAUCCCUCCUGCGACUAGUUCUGGCGCCGAGGAGAUACUUGAAGGUUGACGCGUUAUCUUUACUUCUUCGAAUUCGCGCGCAUCAUUACAAGCUUCGAUCUCUCGUCAGGUUUACUGCACAGAUUAUUCACGCAUCUUUCCGCCUUGUUCUAUAGUAGUACACGCGCUUAAUGUAUCUUAAUGUCCUACCCUAUGGUAACGUAUCAUACCAUAUUAGUAUCUCUG